CGUGGUUCGUUCUGCGUUCUGCGUUCUGCAUCGCAAACCAUGGCGACAAAAUCACCCAUUCUCGGAUUACUUCUCCUUUUCGCAGUCCCACGCGUUCUCACAUCUCCCAUUUCACAAAUCAGGACACCGGAUGUCGGUGUGCUGUCGUUCGCAGAACUCGCCCAACAGACCUUUCGCCAGAUCCUCGAGCUGGGCUUUCUCCGGGGAGUUCUCGCCUCCCUGAUGGUCCUGGGUUGUCUUGUAUGCCUACUCAUCUGCAUUUUAUCCGGGCUGGCAACAUACCUUCGCCGAAACGAGACGCAGUUAUGGGACAAGCCGGAUGGUAUCCAACAGCACAGCGCACAGGAGAAGAUGCAGAUCUACUCAAGGGAUGAAGGAUCCAGCCAGUUUCCUGAACAGACACGCCAUCUUCGUCGACCCAAAUCUCGAAGUCGCAUAAUUCAAUACCUCUUCAGACACCACUUCUCUCCAGUAGCCAAAAUUAACAUACGUACGUCGUCUUCUCUCCGAAAGGCUACCAGUCUACCACUACCGCCGUCCUCCUCGUCCCGAAGUCCUGGGACCACGUCCUCACCCCCAUCUCCAUCAACGCCUCUGCGUUCGGCACUUUCGAAAUCGCCACCUCCACCUCGCCGCUUUUCAAAAGCACAGUUCUUCCUAUUCAGAACAGCGAGGUCGAGCCUAAGCCCGAGUCCGAAGUCAGUGCGAUGGGCAGAUCAGCUCCAGGUUGCUGUCAUGGCAGAUAUAGAGAUGAACAUCCAGUCUCUGGACCCCGAAUUCGAGACGGACAUUGGGUUG